AUGGCAAUAGAUGAAAUACCGCCACCACCCUACGAGGCUAAUCGUGGAUGGCAACCCGACCUUUUCCCUCUUGAGCGUAUCUCGCAAGCUACAGUAGCGACUACAAACCCGACCCACAGUCGCCAGUCUGGUCUGCGAGGUCGCACCAAGUAUCAGAUGCUUGGAUGCCUUUCAAUAUUGUUCAUGGUGACGCUGAUCGCACUCAUAUCGUGGUCCGUUUCCGUGAGCACUUCAGCAGGGCCAGCACAUCCAGCUUCAUCACUGCCAACUUCGUCGACCAACCCGGUCCAAUACCACUCAAAGUUCAAACGAGAAGGGCAGGAACUUGUCGAGACCAUGAAAGGGCCUGGGCUCUUGGCUUUCUCCGUUGUCAUGCUUGCUACUUGCCUGGCCCUCUCAGCCUUUUUGUGCGUCAUGCGUACUCAAGAUCUGCUUGAAGGUCAGUUGAAGCCAGACCGUCUCCGUUGGGAUCUGGAGCAGGAAGAGUAA